GAGAUGGGUGAGUAAGAGGCAAUAUUAACCAAAAAAAAAAAAGGGGAGCAGAAGAAAAGAAAUGGAGGAAGAAAAAGCGGCAGCAUACUACGACGAGCUUACCAGAAAGGGCGAAGGGGCUGCCAGAUUCAAGCAAGGGCUUGGCUUUUCAAGCGCCCCUUCAAACGACGACGUUCCAAAGCGAGGCUCAGCCCUUGCUUCUUCUUCUUCCUCCUUUCUUUCCAAAUUCGUCAAAGCUUCCGCCCCUUCCAAUUCUAACUCUCCUCCGCCGCCGCCACUGUCGUCGGAGUCUGACAAGCAAGCGUCGCUCCUCUCCAUUCAAGACAAGCUCAAGAAAAAGCCCGCCCCCGAUUCUUCUAGGGUUCCGGAGAAGAACAGAGAUAGGGAACCCGAUCGAACCACCAGAAGACGAAGCAGAAGCAGAAGUAGAAGUAGAGACAGAUGUAGGGAGAGGGGAAAAGAAUCGAGAAGGAGAAGUAGGAGCAGAAGCAGAAGCAGAGAGAGACACUCUCAUAGAGACAGAGAUAGAGAUAGGGAUAGGAGACGAAGAAGAAGGAGUAGGUCGAGAAGUAGAAGCGAUUCCGAUGGGGAGAGGCGGCGUAGAGGGAGACGCAGGAGCAGGAGUAGAAGUGUUUCUCCCCGCAGGUCAGAGAAGAAUAGGGAUCGAGAUGAUAGAAGAAAGGGGAACAAUGCUGGGGUUGAUUAUGCGAAGCUUAUUUCUGGUUAUGACACUAUGUCAUCUGCUGAAAGAGUCAAAGCUAAGAUGAAGCUUCAGCUCUCCCAAACUGCGGCCCAAGACUCAGAAAAAGGUAAGGGCUGGGAGCGAUUUGAGUUUGACAAGGAUGCCCCUCUUGAAGAUGAGGAAAUUGAAGUGGCUGAAGAUGAUGCCUCCUUGGUCAAGCAAAUUGGCCAGAGUUUCCGGUAUUCUAAAAUAGAGGCAAGAAGGGAGGAACAAAUCCAAGCUGCUCAUGACGAAGCCAUGUUUGGUACUUCAGCACUUCCACCUCCUACCAGUACUGACAGUGAGCCUGAAAGGGAGAAUGAGAAAGAAGUUGAUAAAAAAGCUGUUGUUACAAGCCUUUUAAGUGAAACGGUGCUGGCCAAGAGAAAAGGAUCUUGGCGUGAUCGAGUUCGAGAAUCAUAGAUAUCGCACCUUGUGGCUGAUGCUGCUAACAGAAAGGCUUGCAAAAGUAUUUAGAAAUAUAAACAAGUAUUAGGUACCUAUGCAACUUUUAUAUUUUGAGAAGUUGAAGCAUAUAUUUAUAGUUUGACAGGCUAUACGUGCCUCUGUUUGUCAUCACAUAAGAGGGGAAGUGUGGGAUGUCUAGAAAGCCUUUUUGUAGAUAUUCAGUUUCAGUCUUUGUUUAAACUUUCAAGUGAAUAGAACAAAAUGAAUUAGUUGUU